AUGGCAGCCCUGUGGGAAAACAACGGGCCGAUGGGCCAGUUCCCGCUCGAGCAAUGGUUUUAUGAGAUGCCUCCAGUGACGCGGUGGUGGACCGUGGCCACGGUGGCCACCUCAGUGCUGGUGCAGUGUCACAUUGUGACUCCAUUCCAGCUCUUCUACAGCUUCCGCGCCGUCUAUGCCAAGUCACAAUAUUGGCGCCUCUUGACCACCUUUCUUUACUUCGGACCUCUUAACCUUGAUCUCCUGUUCCACGUCUUUUUCUUACAACGCUACUCACGUCUUUUGGAGGAAACCUCGGGCCGCUCGCCAGCCCAGUUCGCCUGGCUCAUCUUUUACGCGAUGACAUCGCUCCUCAUAAUAUCGCCAUUCCUCUCUUUGCCCUUCCUCGGAACCGCUCUCUCGUCUAGUCUCGUCUAUAUCUGGGCGCGUCGCAAUCCGGAGACCCGCCUCAGCUUUCUGGGUCUGCUCGUCUUCACGGCACCCUAUCUACCUUGGGUUUUGAUGGCUUUCAGCCUCAUCGUCCAUAAGAUCGUGCCCAAGGAUGAACUCUGCGGAAUUGUGGUCGGCCAUGUGUGGUACUUCUUCAACGAUGUCUACCCGAGUCUCCACGGCGGCCAUCGUCCUCUCGACCCGCCCAUGUGGUGGCAACGACUAUUCGAGGCCGUUGAUGGAACACACCCGACGGAUACUACCAACCUCAACCAAGAGUUUGCCGCCGCCGCCGCACCUGAAGUCCGAUGA